CUCAAAUUUAUCUAGGAUAUUACUCCCUUGGUUCUUUGCAGUACUUCAAAUUUGAUGCUAUUUGACGAGUAAAAUUUGAAUUAAAAUGUGGUUCAUCCUCUUUGGGUUUUUAUUCGCGAUAUGUUCAGGUCAGAAUCAACAAGAACUUUGUAAAGGAUCUUCUAUACGAAGAUGUGAGAAACUACUGACAUCUGUUAAUUUUUUCCCAAGAGAUGAAGAACAAUUCGAGCCAGUGUGUUCAAUAAUGAAACAAUUUCUGGCAUGUCUGAAGACAGGAGAAGAAGUAUGUCACGAACCAAUAUUUAAAAGUAACGAUCAGUAUGAAGGGAUUGUCCGGCUAAUGGAUAAUAUAUGUGAUAAUAACACUCUUCUUCAUUAUGCUUAUAUGGUAACUGCACCUUGCUUCGAGUACUUAGCGGACAACUAUACGGAUGUCUGUAUUGAUUCCAAGCCCGAUCUCUUUUGGGAUUAUCACGAAUGGAUCGAAAUGCUUAUUUUAAAUAUAGUACGUAGAGGCAAUGUAGCAAUCAGUAAAACAUCUGGAACUGAACAUUUGGAUUUUUGGAAACUUUUGUGCUUAAAUCAAAUUUACUUUAUUUCCUGUGCCGCCGAAUAUGCAUCCCUACAGUGCUCCAGCUAUGGCCAAUAUGUUACUGUAGAAAUUGCUCGUGAAAUUUACUACGCAAACUCUAUCUGUGCUGCUAGAGGCUUGCAAGAACUCUCGCCUGUCAUACCCAAUCUGGAUUUGGAAGACUCUCUUAAACUUUCAUUGCUACUUACCUUAGAAUACUUAAAUUACGAUAGCAAACAGGAGAAGUGACUGCUUUUGAUAUAACUUCAGUAACAUUAGUAACGAAAAUCAUAACAAAAUGCUAAUUUCUACUGUAAAUUUGGAACUAUGUGUAGAUGUUUUAAUAUUAAAUAAAAGUGUAAUGUUUUGUUUGUAAA